AUGCGCAUGGUACUGCAAGUGCUGGGCCAGCCUACUUCACAGGUGCUGCUCCUGCGCGAGCUGGUGGACACAAUGGCUGGAGUGGAGCACGCCAAGCUCCAGCUGGUGUUCAAGGCGCUGCUGGCCAACUUCACCACCGAGCGAAACGGCAGGCUGUAUCUGGAUAACCCGCUAUUUGCUCAGGUGCUGCAGGCGGCCACCACGGAGUCUGGAGAGCUGUUGGACUCAAUCACCGCCAUCCCGUCGCUCAGCUCCACGAUGUUCAGGGAGCUGGUUGUGCUCGGCGAGCGCUGCAAGGACAAGGACUUCGACAUUGCUGAACUGAGCCCAAGAACUUGA